AUGCAGGCCACUUUCCCCCACCCCAGCGGUUCUUCGUCGCUGCUCUCAGCCUUUCGAGCCACAGAAUCAGAGUGGUUGGCAUACGCUUUCUACACCAAUAAGAUUUCUGGCAUCCUGAGCGGCGCUUUCGACGCGAACCUAUGGCAGAGGCUCGUGGUCCAAGUAGCCGACACUGAGCCAACCGUGCGGCACGGCAUUUUCGCUCUCGGGAAUCUUUUCAGACACUAUGGUGUCUCAGACGGCAUGUCAGAAUGUGUGUGCCCUCGUUGUCGACAAGCAUUGCGCCACUACAACAAGGCCAUUUCUUCCUUUGCGCAAUACAUGCAACGGCCACGCGAUCAGCUGACAAUUGAUGUGGCUCUGCUGUCUUGCCUGAUCUUCAUCUGUAUCGAAUCGUAUCGAUUGAAUGACAGGAUAGCAAUCUCACUCAUAACGAAGGGCUGUGGCAUGAUUGCGGAAGCCAUGCCCAGAGCACUGGCAACUCAGACCGUCGCGAUCGAUUCAGGGCUACUGAAUCUGUUCGACCGACUAUGGCUGCUUUCGAGUAUGUUCGGACAUCAUAUACCUCGUCCGUCACAAAGACCUGCUUCUCCGACAUCUACCCUUGGUCAGCUCCCUCUUGAGGGCACCAUUCAGACAGCAAGAGAUCGCUUGCAUGAGAUCAUAACACUCGUCCAAAGCCUCAGACUACGAGUAUUUCAGGCUCAAAUGAAAUCAAUGUCCGUCUCGGAGAGGGUUGCGACGAUAACCUCGCUCCAGCAAGAGCAACAAACCGUCUUACUUCUGUUGGAGAACUGGCAAAGCGGCCUGCAGGGCCUCAUCGACCGACAGGGACUGCACUCUUUCCGUGAUUCACAAGCCUGGUCCAUCUUGACCGUUCAUUGGCUGAUCACCAAAAUCAGGGCCGGCGCAAGCAUGGAUCCCUCAGAAAUCGACAGCGAAGAUCAGUCCGAAGACUUCAGGAAUCUCGUGGCGGUCGCUGAAGGAAGUCUCGUGCAGCAUCCCCAGGAAAGCGAGGCGAACGACUUCUCGUUCGAACCUGGUUUUCUUCCAGCCCUCUAUCUCACGGCGCGCAAAUGUCGAGACUCAGUCACCCGGAGAAAGGCUCUCGAGUUGAUGUCCCUUGCAAGCGGGAAGGAAGGCUUGUGGUACAGGUCUGAACUAAGAUGCAUUACCGCGAGAGUCAUCGAACUAGAAGAGGGUCUCGCCGUGUUGGGCUCACAAGACCAGCUGGGGACAGUGAAUCAGAAGCCCAUUCGCUUCUACGAUAUUCUGGCCGAUCUGAACUACCGCCACGGCGGAAGGACGUACGUCAACGUUACGUAUCUGAUGUACGAUGCAGACAGCGACUCGCGUUGGCGAACCGCGCGAGAGACGCUGACCAUUACGGAGUAA